AUGGGUGAAAAAUCUUUUAUAGUUAAAGCUCAUCAAACUUAUCCAGAUCUUGUAUCAUCUGUAUUAGUGGUUAUUGGUAUAUACUUUAUCUACAGAUUAGUAUUUCGAUCAAUGCGAAUGUGGUUGAGGUUUGCGAUAGUGACAAUAAAAGUUACUUUGGUUAUGCUUUUUUUCAUCACAGUAAUAUACUUGUAUAAUGGGUGGAGCUUUGUUAAUGUGUGGUCUUUGUUGAGAUUGCUAAACAAUGGGUCCAAACUCUUUGCGUCGCAAGCAAAUGAAGCAGAACCCUUGAAUGACGCUGAAGCGUAUUUGAGAUAUGCCAGAGAAAAAUUCGGUGAUGGUAAUGGUGAUUCAAAUGAUUAUGAAAAUGUACAGAAGUAUAUUCAAGAAGGGUUCGAUUAUUUAAAAGAGAAUGUUGAUUUGGAAGACUUGGGUAAGAAUUUGAAAGAUGUCUUGGGUAAAUUUCAGUAG